UUUCGUAAGGUAACAUUGUACAUCGGCGGAGCGGGCGGGUCACACACACACAACAAGCUUUGCACUGGUAGUGAACCGAGGACACCACAGCGUCACAUCGGCUGAUUUUAAAAAGAAACCACGGUGUUCGCUAGUGAGCUGACACUAGCUGACACAUAAUGUUUCCAGCCAGCAGAUAUUCAAGUAAAGCACACAGGUGUAUCAGGGCAUUGAAGAGAGUACAGACAGAGCAUGCUGCCCCUCAGCUGUACACAACACUAAACAGAAGGACGUGCUCUUCUGUGUCAACACCCCGCAUCACAACACACUACACCAUCCAUUCUCGUGAUAAAGAUCCAAGAUGGGAAGGGGUCGAAAUGGAGAGGUUUGCAGAUGAGGCAGAUGUGGUGAUAGUAGGUGGGGGCCCUGCCGGUCUUUCAGCAGCCAUUCGCCUGAAGCAGCUUGCCAUUGAACAUGAGAAGGAGCUACGAGUGUGCCUUGUGGAAAAGGCUUCUCAGAUUGGGGCACACACCCUGUCAGGAGCCUGUCUCGAGCCCAGUGCUCUCUACGAACUCUUUCCCGAUUGGAAGGAGCGAGGGGCACCCCUGAACACUCCAGUGACUGAAGAUGUGUUUAGCAUUUUAACAGAGAAACACAGAAUCCCUAUCCCCAUUUUACCAGGUCUCCCCAUGGUUAACCAUGGUAACUACAUAGUGAGACUGGGGAACUUUGUGCGCUGGCUGGGGGAGCAGGCUGAGGAGCUUGGAGUGGAGCUUUAUCCAGGAUAUGCUGCAGCUGAGGUUUUAUUUCAUGAAGAUGGGAGUGUCAAAGGAAUUGCCACCAAUGAUGUAGGCAUAGCCAAGGAUGGCUCGCCAAAGGAUGUUUUUGAGAGAGGAAUGGAGCUCCAUGCUAAAGUUACGUUGUUUGGAGAAGGCUGUCAUGGCCACUUAGCCAAGCAGCUUUACAAACAGUUCAACCUGCGUGAGAACUGUGAACCCCAGACCUACGCCAUUGGCCUGAAGGAGUUGUGGACGAUUGAUGAGAAGAAGUGGAGGCCGGGCAGAGUGGAGCAUUCUGUGGGCUGGCCCCUGAACAGGAACACAUAUGGAGGAUCCUUCCUUUAUCACCUGAAUGAAGGAGAGCCACUAGUUGCUUUGGGCUUUGUGAUUGGUCUAGACUACACCAACCCUUACCUGAGCCCCUUCAAGGAGUUCCAGCGCUGGAAACAUCAUCCCUUUAUAGCUCCCACACUAGAGGGCGGCCACAGGAUUGCAUAUGGAGCCAGAGCACUGAAUGAGGGAGGAUUACAGUCCAUCCCAAAGCUGACUUUCCCUGGAGGGCUGCUGGUGGGCUGCAGUCCUGGUUUCAUGAAUGUCCCAAAGAUCAAAGGCACCCACACAGCUAUGAAGAGUGGCAUGCUGGCUGCGGAGGCCAUUUUCCCCAAAGUCACAGCAGACAGCAUUGAUUCAGAGACAGCAGGACUCCAUAUACCCGAGUAUGCUGAGAGCUUGAAGAAUUCGUGGGUGUGGAAAGAGUUAUAUGCAGUGAGAAACAUCAGGCCGUCCUUCCACAAUUACUUUGGCCUGUACGGUGGCAUGAUCUACACUGGAGUUUUCUACUGGAUCUUCAGAGGAAAAGAGCCAUGGACACUCAAACACUGUGGCCUUGAUGCAAACCAGCUGAAACCGGCUAAAGAUUGUACACCAAUUGAAUAUCCCAAGCCCGAUGGCAAAUUAAGCUUUGACCUGCUCUCCUCUGUGGCCCUGAGCGGCACCAACCACGAGGGCGACCAGCCCCCCCAUCUGACCCUAAAGGAUGACAGUGUCCCAGUCGCCAGGAACCUGGCCAUAUACGAUGGGCCUGAGCAACGUUUCUGCCCUGCAGGUGUGUACGAGUAUGUUCCUGUGGAAACUGGAGAUGGGAUGAGAUUGCAGAUAAACGCUCAGAACUGUGUCCACUGUAAGACGUGUGAUAUCAAGGAUCCAAGCCAAAAUAUCAACUGGGUUGUGCCUGAAGGCGGUGGUGGUCCAGCUUACAAUGGAAUGUGACCUUUAUUUUAUUUUUUACUUUUUGUCAAGAAAGAUUACUGUAAAGUAUCAUGCAUUGAGGGUUACAGUAAGUGCCAGCCUAUGGCAAAUGUGCCCAAGUAUGGAUCUUAAAAUAAGUAUAUAGUUGUUUUUGAGGGUAUUAAAAAAAUCUGCAAAAAUUCAAGGAUAUUAAAAAUAAAACUGCAUUUUGUUGUAGAAAUGAAUUAGUAAUCUAAAGAGUGGGGAAUUAAGUUUGACAUGUUGCACAGAGGUUAUGAAACCAAUGCAAAAUACAGGACCAUACAACAUUGAAGUACAAGUCAAAAGUUGCAGUUUGCCAUAAAAUCCACAGUAUGGGCAUUAAAAAAUAAUUUACCAACUGUAAUAGUUUCUUUCAACAUAAUUAAAUUAAGGUAUGUGUCAGCAUUACUGCAGGUAUAUUUUGACAGUAUUGUACAUCAUCAGAUGAUUUCACAGUAGUUAAUAAAUUACACUUGACUGUU